UAAUCAAAACGUAAUCAGCUGAUUAGCAUUAGCUACUGAGUAAAAUUGAGGUUAGUUUUGUUUUUGUGUACACAAUAGGCCUAUUGUACUGAUAUUACAAUAAUAAUGCUGUGGCAAAAAACGUCAAUGCAAUAAUAAUGUGAUAAAGAUAUUCCAACCAUAAUAUUAAUUUCUUGAAAGUGUUUGAUAAUUUUUUCUGAAUUAUUUUAUUAGCCGUCAAGUUUCUAACAUUUGAAAUCAAUAUGACUAACCAGGAGGAAGUUGCUAAACUAGAUCUCUACGAUGGUUUUGAUGGAUCUGUAGAGGGAGACAUGAAUGUUCCCGGUAGUAAUAGAAAGCAAACACUUGGAGAACCAGACUUCAACACACUAGAUGAACCAAUAAGUGACACCAUUAGCAGAGACUUGAGAGCGGUUGGUAUCAAAUUCAAACACGUACUUUUCCCCAGAGAAAAAACAUCUCUUCUAAAAGAAUGGGACUUAUGGGGGCCUCUAUUGCUGUGCACCUUUAUGGCAAUGGUACUACAAGGAUCGGAUUCUUCAAGCUCUAAUGAUGGCGGACCCGAGUUUGCCGAAGUUUUUGUCAUAGUUUGGAUAGGAGCUUUGAUAGUCACUGUCAAUUCCAAACUUCUUGGCGGAAAUAUAUCACUGUUUCAAAGCGUAUGCGUACUGGGAUACUGUCUUCUACCGACUGCAUUGGCUCUAAUUGUAUGCAGAAUAAUAAUGAUGGCUGCAUCAGAACAUUUGUCACUAAUUUUAAGAGUCAUUGUCUCGAUGGUCGGCUUUGCUUGGGCUACAUACGCGUCCGUAUUAUUCCUGGGUGAUAGUCAACCUCCAGGAAGAAAGGCGCUGGCUGUUUAUCCAAUUUUCUUGUUCUAUUUUGUCAUUUCUUGGUUGGUAUUGUCUCAUAGUGUUGAAUAAAUUAUUUAUAUUUAUGUGAUCUGUAAAUAA